CAAGUCGAAUCUUCGAGGGAAAAAGUGUUACAUUCAAGAGCGAAUAGCGACAGUUACGGAACGAGUUUUGAGGGGAACGAAACGAAAGCGCGAGUGUCGUUCGGAUCGAGGCAGCAGCGCACUCCGUGCGAAGAUAGGUCAGAUCAGCAACACAUCGUGGCGUCCAACGGCAUUGCAUAAGGAUGCCCCAAGAAUUGCGUGUAGUUCGCUGUUUUCAGUGCCUAAAAUAUCAGGUGGACAUUGUGAAAAAAGCCAACAAAUGGGCCUGUAAAGUGUGCGGUGUGAAGCAGUCGUUUACGCGGGAGUUUUAUCGCGGCGCUGGUAAAGAUUGCCGAUCCGUUAUCCUUGCCCUUACCGAACGGAACAUCACGACCGAUCGUCAGGAAGAGGAAACAGUCCAGCUGGUGCUGGAAGGCGUGAUCCAGCUUCCAAAACCGGUCGUACCAGAAGCACGGUUUGAUGUCGAUGAAAAACCUGCGGCUGCACAACGUGACGAUGAAACAUCGAACAAAUGGGAACCAUUUGUGGAGAAACGGGAACCCGAAGAUUCGUCCGACCUACUGCCUUUCGAUACUACCGAUAUAGGCCAUUCGAAUAGUGCUUUUACCCGCGAACGAAGGAAUUUCGUGUCAAAGAGAAUGGCCAGCGUUGGUCGCAGUAAAGGAAGCUACUUUGCCAAUGCUUCAGAUGCAGUUGGUUCUCAAAACGAGCCGCUUAUGGUAGAACAUCAUAAGCCACCGAUUGCAGUAGAGAGGCCAUUCGAGGGCAACAAUACCGCAUGCCAUAGACAGUCGACAAACAAAUUCGUUUCUAGUAAUAGCCAACCGCUUUUUGGUUUCCACCGUAAAGAGAGCUCUAGGAAGGUACAAACGCCGGCAUCCACAGAUCACGUCAGCAGACAAUUCAAUCAACCAUCUUCAGGAAACGCAGCCUCUGUUCCGUCCGAAACAGCUAGCAAAAGGAAAUUAUCCAAAGAUCCGGCCAUUCCAUUGAUGAAUUUUGCCAAGCGUGUACGUGGCAAAACACCAUUCGACGAUAAUGAUACAAAUACAGCUUUAAUUAACGGCACAACAAAUCCGCAAACACCAGCUUCUGAUGGUGCAUCGAAGUGGUCCAAAUACGUCCCGCCACCUGAUGAUUCGGAAGAACGCGCGGAAGAUCUGUUCUUUAGCUUUUGAUGGAGAUUCAUCAUUUUAAGUGAUUCGUCACGUCAAAUUUCAAUGCAAGUGGAUGUCGUGUAUUUGAUAGCUAAAGUAC